AGACAGUCAGUGGUAGACCCAGCUGGAGUAUGAGAACCUGACACAGGAAAGGGCUCAGAACGAAGUGUCUGAAUACACAUGCCGGUGGCAGUGUACGGUCUGUAACGGAGCACAUACUGUAGCCUGCUCUCAGCAGCAGACACUGGUGAUGGAUAAAAGAGCAGAGCUGGGGGGAUAAUGUGAACCAGAGGUCGGGGUCCUGGCAGCAGUGGAGCCGCUGUGUACCCACAGAUAUGUGCUGUGAUUGUGACACCGAGGGAAAUGUAAGGGUGGCUCCACCAGCUAACGUUAGCUAGCUAGUCAGCUAGCCGGUGAGUGCUGCAGCUCGGUGCAAGUCUCGUGUCCUUCCACGAUGCAAACAGCACCAUGUCGUUCACGUCAUGUGAGAGGAUAAUGGCGGAAGGAUAACAACCAAGGAGUCACAUUCCCUCAACCUAUAGCGACCCCACUUCCCCCUUCUCACUUUCGAACCUCCCCUUGCUGAACUUGUUUGAGAGCUGUCUCUGCUCAUUGCCUAUCUCCUUGGAAUUUCUUGGAAUUUUGAAUUCCACAGCAGAAUCAUGUGAAUUAAUCUCAAUCUGGAGAGUCCCCACCUUAACACCCUCCUGGACAAAAGAGAGGAUGAUUCUAAAUUUUGAAAUAAUUGCAAUGUGACUUGAAAUCUAAUUCCUACCCAUCUGAGAUUGCUGCCUUUGUGUGUACAUUUCUCACUCUGGUUCCAUCAAUUGUUCCCUAUUGCAGCCUUUUCAUAUCCCUUUUCUUGUGACAUUGGGCCAUGGUUCGCAAGAAAGGUUCUCUAAUACUAUGCAGUGCUUUCCUGUUUGUUGCCUGGAAUGCUUUGCUUCUACUUUAUCUUUGGGGUCGCCCUCCCAUCGGCCGCCCCGGAGAAGGUGGAGGAGCCGAACCAGGAGGAAAGGAGGAGUGGGGUGUGGGCAGAGGGAAAGGAGGCCAGAUCAAUCUAGCUGGAGAGGUGAUCCGGCUGGCUGAGGAAGUCGAAAUCCAACUUGAGACGCAGAAAAAGCUACUGAAGCAGAUUGAAAGUCACAGGGCUGUGUGGGCUCGGCAGAAGGAUGUUGGUAAGAGACAAACGGAUGAUAAAAAAGAAGUCAAAGAAGAGGUUGUCCACCAGCCAUCAAAUCCUCCCUUUCCUGUCAAGGACAGUGUAGAUGACAGGACCCAAACUGACGUACAACUUACACAGAAGCCUGUUCAUACAGUAGCCCCAAACUUUAAGUUAGAACAGCACCAAGCCACUGAAAUAAAGGAAGAUGUUGCUGAACAUAAUAAUUUGCCCACUUCUGUUGCCAGCCCACAGGUUGUCAUUCCCAUUUUAGUAAUUGCUUGUGACAGGGUAACAGUUAAACGGAGCCUCGAUAGACUGAUACAGUACCGCCCUUCUCCACAACUAUAUCCAAUUAUUGUCAGCCAGGACUGUGGCCAUGCCGAGACUGCUCGUGUGAUUGGCUCAUAUGGAGAUCAAGUGACGCACAUAAGCCAGCCAGACCUGUCGGACAUCAGAGUCCGGCCAGAACACAGGAAGUUCCAGGGCUACUACAAAAUUGCCAGACAUUAUCGCUGGGCACUCAACCAAGUGUUCAACACCUUUUCCCAGUCUACUGUGGUUGUAGUGGAGGAUGACCUGGAGGUGGCACCGGAUUUCUUUGAGUAUUUCCAAGCUCUGUACCCAAUUUUACGUGCUGACCCCACCCUGUGGUGUGUUUCUGCCUGGAACGAUAAUGGUAGAGACGCCUUGGUGGAUCCAUCCAAGGCUGGUCUCCUCCAUAGAACAGAUUUUUUUCCCGGGCUUGGCUGGAUGCUGCUGAAGAACAUGUGGGACGAACUUGAACCCAAAUGGCCCUUGGCCUUCUGGGAUGACUGGAUGCGUCAACCAGAGCAGCGCAAGGACCGCUCUUGCAUCCGCCCAGAAAUCUCACGGACUAUCACCUUUGGCCGUAAAGGCGUGAGUUUAGGUCAAUUCUUUGACCAGUACCUUCGUUAUAUUAAGCUAAAUACUCAAUUUGUGCCUUUUACCAAACAGGAUUUGUCUUAUUUGUUAAAAGAGAAGUACGAUGAAAAGUUUAUCAAAGAGAUUUACAGUGCACCACUGGUGAAAAUUGAAGAACUGCAACAAGGGGGCAGCUUAAGAGAUCAUGGACCAUACAGAGUGCAGUACUCCAGCCGUGACAGUUUUAAAGUCUUUGCUCGAAAUCUGGGGGUGAUGGAUGACUUGAAAUCUGGAGUCCCCCGUACAGGUUACAGAGGCGUAGUCAGUUUCUUGUACCGAGGCCGAAGGGUGCUCCUGGCUCCACCAGAGGGAUGGAUGAAGUAUGACAUCAGCUGGAGCUGAAAGUCUUAUUCAAUGUGAAUAAAGGUUUAAGAGGGGAGACAGCCUUACUCAGAGGAACUCUCUGAGACCAAAGAAUAUCAGCUGACGCAGUAGUUCAUGAAGGGACUGAAGUAUCACAGCUGGGGCUACACAUCAGUGGAGCUGCAAGAUCAAAUGUUGACCCAGGCCCCUUUGUCAGGGAAGGUUCUAAAAUAGGGUGCUCAUUCAGGAUCAGUAGGUCCAUGGCCACACAGACCUCACAUGGAGUUCAAACUUGUAGGAAGAGUCUACCCUUAAACACUGUUUCAAAAGAGCUAUUGGCAAUGUGCCUUGCUUUAUAGGCCCACUUCGUUUUAUGUAUUUUUAUUUCUGUGAAAAUUGGCCAAAUGUAGAGUUAACAUCACAUUGUUGCUGUUUGCAGCAGCUGUAAAUGAAGGGUGUUACAGAAAAUUCUUUGAAUCAUAAACAAGGAGAGUGUGUUUCAAAGUCUGCGAUAGUUUCCACACACUAGAAGACACAACUUUGGAGAAAAAAACAAUUGUAUAAUGUUUUUGAAAGUUGUUAAAUUUGACCCAACUACCUACGUCAUGUUAUUGGUUUAAGUCUAUAGAACUAAUCAGAAACAGAGUGUACAAAGGAAAUGAAAAACUUCUACAAGGUAUUAUGUGGUAAACAAAGGCCAUAUCCACUGCUGAACUGAGUCACUAUAGCCCUGAUGGUUAUCAUUUAAGGAGACAGGCUUUCUCAUUAAUGCUACAUUGAAGAAAUUGUAAUUGAGCAGACUGAACUUCUCAAAGUGCAAUAACUUGGAUCCAGCAUGAACAAGCUGCGAAAUGCUGUCCAUUCUGUAUCACUGUCAAACUCACUGAGCAGCUCAUAAAAUCUGUCGGGAAGGGUGUCUGCUCAGCAGAUGAUAAGAAAACGAAGAUGGGGACGAACAAUGUCAGAUGGAUGCAAAAUAUUCAGUACAAUGAUUUGGUCUGACCAAGAAGGGUCUCCUCUAUUGAAGUCAGUACAAACCCUACAUUAUCUUUUUCACUAACUGAGUGCUAAGAACUGCAGAAAAAAAAUAAAAUUUGUUGUGUACUUUUGCUGUAAGCACCAAAAGCACUGCCAGGACGACAUCUUGAGCCAUCUUUGACUGUACGUGAUUCGUUUUGACUGUACGUGAUUCGUAUUGACUGUAAUUAUAGAGACAUGCCAUGGUUUUGUUGCUUUACAGUUGCCUGUUGUCAUUUUCCCCUACCUUACAGAUUGUUUAGAAGAUCACCUAGCAUAAGGUGAGCGCAUAAAACAACCUGUAACUGCUCAGUGACUUGAGAUGUCUGAGUUCCAGGAGAUAUUAACUGGACUGUGAUGUGUGAUAUGGUCCUGAAUCAGGGCUACACCUACAGUGGCAUUACUAGAGGAGACCUUUGGACCUAUUGGUAGGAAGAAAUACAUUGAAGUUAAUUAAGAUGCCAGAGCGCAAGAAGAAAAUCUGAAUGACACUCAAUAAUAAAAUGGUCCUGAUGAUUUUUGCUACAGGACAAGGAACCGAUGUUUAAAAGUGUGGGAGCAUCAAGGAAGGAGUUUUUCCCAUAUUUUCAGCACUGCUGUUCUCAGGCUACGUCCACAUUAAUAUUAUUUGUUUUAAAAGACUCACAAGCGUUUAAGCCUCUAAAAUGAACACCUUUCAAAACUGGCCCGGUUUUGAUUAGAAAACUCCAGGCUCCAGUGUUUCAGUCUGUUGGGGGCUAGAACAGGCAUUUUUAAAUAAUGAUUUGCUUCUUGAUUGGAUCUUAAACUUGAAUUGACUACCAGCAGUAAAGGAAAGAAUUGCUUACGCUGUCAUUCCAAGAAAAGCUAAAUUGUUGCUCUUACUAUACUAAAUACUUGCUUUAAAACUAAUAUGCCUUAGUAUGGAUGUUGCCUUAGAUCAGUUAAUGAACAUUGCUGUGAAAGUGCAAUGACAACAUUAAAUCAAAGGAGACAUGAUCUUAUUGUAUUAAAGCCUUGGUAUGCUUCAAGUCAAGUUGAACAGUUGACAUUUAUAUAUAAAGGUAAAAGUGUUACGACCAUUUUUUUUUAAGGACCCCAGUUGAGGACAGGUGAAAAAUACUGUGUCUUUGUAGUCUUGACACAAUUAUUUGUGCAAAUGAAUAUGACAACAUCAAAUAUACAGUCUCUUUUAAGAAAGUGACAAUAGAUGUGUGAAGAAAGCUUGGGGGGCAGUUUCACACAUCCCAGUUCCUUUCCAGUCACUGUGUAACAUGGGUGUGAUUGAUUCUCGUCAGUUUCAGAAAGUUGCAGAAAUUAUCAAACACAGCUCCUUCAAUUCUGCUAUGAAAGAUUUGCAGACAGCACUAGAUGACCCCAUCAACAUAUUGUUUGAAGCAUACUGAGGCUUUAAGGUUCAUCUUUUCAUAUUUGGAUGAAGGUCUUUGGAUUUCUUUUUAUGUUUAUGCAGCCCAGUUUAAAUUCCAUGAAAUGUUUUGCUGGAGGAAAUACAAUAUUUAUACUUCAGCUGCUUUGGAUUUCAGAAGGUUAUGGAACCACACCUCUGUUUGGAUUAAUAAACUUGGUGUCUAAAUAUGUUGAAGGAAAUAUAUUAAUAUAAAGGAAGAAACUAUAAUGGGAAGGCGGUUUUAAAAUGAUUUAACGAUUAAGAACUUGAAGUUCGAACAAGUUUGCCAAGCUGCAAGUAAGAUUCAGACAUCACUGAGUCAGACAUUUGAUUGAUGAUCGCCCUAAAGCCCUAAUGUGGGCAAAGUUGUAACUACAUGACAUCCAAACCAUGGUUUGGUCAGAUUAGGUUUGUUGAAAAACCAAUGAUUGUUUGAUUUUUAAUUGUUUCUGCAACAAGAAGGCCGAGAAAUGAUUAUCACUGUACUGUAAUUAGCUUCGGGAGAUUAUCAACAAGAUUGAUUGAGUCCCAUGUCUGUAUGGUGAUGUGUAAAACCACUGCCUGAUGUGUUUAUAACUUUAACACAGUAUAAAUAAAAUCAACUAUUUUGA